CGACGAAACAGCGACGUUUGACUCCGACUCUUCUUCAGAAAGACGACUCUCUGUCGGUUCUUCUGCUUUCUUGACUCAGGGCAAAGCACCGUCAAGAUGAAUUGUGAGAUACGACCUCCGAGCUGUUCAUCGUGCAUCCUUCACGUUUUCACCUGGACUUGGAACGAGUAAAUGUUUACAUCUCCUCCACACCAAAGCCUGAGUUCCUAACCAAAGUGGCGUCAGUCUCUGCAAACAUGAAUCUUACCUCUCAGCUCCUAGACCUGAUGCUGGAGGCAUCUAACCUCUCUCGGUGGCAGUUCAUCCAGGAGUACUCCAUCCCUCCUCUAGUGGCAGUGCCCAGGCUCCCAGGACCCUUGCUGCCUGUAAUCGGCCUGCUCUACGUGCUCAUCUUUGGCCUUGCCGUGGUGGGAAACGGGGCUGUGCUGGUUCUUCUGUGCCGUAAGAAGGCUCUGCAGUCCCCCAGAACUUUCUUCAUCUGCUCCUUGGCACUCAGUGACCUCCUUAUUGCCAUUGUGUGUGUGCCUUCCUCCAUGCUUCAGCACUUCUUCGCCAACUGGCUGGCAGGAGACUUUUUGUGCAAGCUGGUACCGUUCCUUCAAGUUACUGCCAUAGCAACCAGCAUCCUCACCAUGACUUGCAUCGCCGUGGAGCGUUUCCAGGGCAUCCUGUAUCCCCUGCAUGUCCGCAACAAUUACGUCCUGCACAGCUCCAUCAGGAUGCUCGUAGCUGUGUGGCUGGUUGCUUUGGCAAUAGCAGCACCCAUGUGGUUUGUCCAGAAAGUAGAGGUAAAAUAUGAUUUCCUGUUUGACGUUCACCACACCUGUUGCCUGGAGGUGUGGCCGAACCCCCAGCAGAGGCGUGGCUACACCGCCUGCCUCUCUGUGUUGGUUUUUCUGGCUCCCAUGGUGACCAUGGCGGUUCUGUAUGGGAAGAUUAUGAGGGAGCUAUGGGGAAAGCACAGAGUGCACGAGGCCAUGUUCCAGACUCUACCAGGCUCUGAAAUCAACAAGAUCACAAGGAGGAAGAAGAGGGCAGUGAGGAUGAUGGCCACGGUGGUGCUGUUGUUCGGUGCAUGCUGGGCUCCAUUUCACCUCGUAUCACUGCUCCUGGACUAUGGUAAGUUGGAUCUGGACCUGAACUCAGAGUUUUUGCUGGUCAGCUUGGUGCAGAUCUUGGGCUUCAGUAACUCUGUAUGCAACCCCCUGGUCUAUGCCGCCCUCAACACCAACUUCAAGAGGGACAUGCUUGCCCUCCUGACCCGGGGGCGGAGUCCCGGAGACGGGUGCUGCUGCAGCCUGGACUCUGUCUACCUGUGGAGAGGACGGUCCCGGGUGGGCAUCUCCUCUUUGGAACCAAAGACAACCACCGAGCGUACAGAGAGGCGGUCUGGGCUGCGGCCCUGGAGCAAGGUGGCCUGGGAGGCCGAACCCAAUGGCACACCAGAGCCAGACAGGCCCACAUCCCAGUCCUUUCCUCACAUGAACCUGUUCAGUGUCAUCCGGCCCAACAGGUGUUCAGCUACUGUGAUCCUGAGCGUUACUGACCCGCCACACACGCACAACCCCUUUGACUCAGAACAGCUGCUGACUGGUAUUCCCAGUAGAUAAAGUGGGGCAAGCCCAAAAACAAUGGCUAUGAGAGGCUCUCACCAGUGCUCCCAGUACUAAGGUGGAACAGGACAACAACUCCAGGGUCAAAGAUCUAAUGCAAAAAGACACGGAGAGAAUUUUAAAAGUGUCUGAAUGAGAGCUGAUGGCCCUCUUUGACAGAAUCUGUCUUUUAUAAUGUAGCCAUUUAGCGAUGCAGCCUGAGAAGAACCCCACACUCUGCCUUUGAGCUUUUGAGUCUUGGAUUCACAGUAUUGAGCAGGUCAUGGCAGAGAUUGCAUCUACAUUUCUGAUCCAGGUUUUUUACUUCUGUCUCGUCCCAGAACAGUGUUCAUGGAGCUUCUUAGCCCAGCACAGAACCAGAUCAAACUUGCCAAUAUCAUACUGUGUGCCUAGUCCAGUGGUUCUCAAUUCUGGUCCUUGAAUUAAUAUUUUGUUUUUUCUGUUCAAACAGAUCCCAACUCACCAGUUAGUUGAAGUUGAAUGGAGUGUUUCCGAACUGAACUGCAGGAUAGGGAUAAGCCAGGGCCACGAGACCAAAUUAACAAUUCCUACCUGUAUGUUUGAGUGGCAGUUAAUCAGCAGUCCAAAUUUCAGUGGAAUUCCCCACCAUAGGCAUCUUUUCCACCAGCGAAUUUACUGCCAUAUGCAUUAAUAUAAUGUACCAGGUUUGAGACGGACGCGAUGUUUAUGCGCUGACAGCGAAUUACAUGUUUCAAAUACAAUGUAACACUUUUUAACUCCUUGUUUCUGGAGCUUAAAAUGCAUCAAAUAUCCUUCACAAA